UUUAUUUCCUAGUUAAGAUCACUUAACGUUUGGUUGAAGCCACAUUUAUUUCCCAUAGGUUUGUCGUGAAUUCAGACAAUGUCUGAUCCAAAAAAGGUAAACCGAUUUGAAGCUAAAGCUAGUAACCAAGCUCAGCUUGGAAGUGCAAAAACCUUAAGAGUCAAACUCAACGUUCUUCGUCGUACAAUGAAAGAUUUAACAUUUGCAAGAAAGGAAGUCAAACAAGAAGCAGAGCGACUUGAAAAAAUUAGAGAAAAAAUACCGGACAGAGUUUCUCAGCAAGAAAAUGUUCUUAAUGAAGCAAAAAUGAUGGUUCCCCAUUCUACAAACCGUAUCAGAACAGCGCUAAAGGAUGUUUCUGAUUAUUUAAAUAAGGAAAAGGAAUGUAUAAAUGAUGAAGAGCUACUCACGCAGGCGCAAUCCUUAUUUAAUGAAGCCGAAGAAGUGCUUGCUGAGUGUUUGUAACAUGUUUUUCUCCUCGCUCGGCUUUCUUGACUUAUGGAAUUCCAAAUCUUAUAGAAGAAGUGAAAACAAUCUUUGACUGUCGUAUAUUCAGCCUAUUCUUAUCGAACGAAGACUCUUCUGUAUAACUUGGUCUAUAUCACAUCUUAAAUGUUUCUGUAAUUCAUCUGAUGGUUAGGAUCCAUUAAAGUUUACAGACAGUUGUAUGUUUUCCUGUUGAAUUGAAACUAUU